UUUCCUGCAUAUAAAAAGAUAAUAAGAAUAUUAGGAAGCGAUGCAAAAAUUGAAUGCAGAAAUUGGAAAAGUCCGGAGAAAUUAAAUAAAAUGUAGAGAAAUGUUCGUGUUCGUCAGAGGUUGACGUAAGACCACGUAGGCGGUCUGUCAUGAUUGCAUGGGUACUGUAAUAUCGAAUGGAGCCGCUCUAUGUGCUUUGCACUUACCCGGGGAGAAAAAUCACGCGAAAUUUGGCGUAGAGCUUUUGCGAAACUUAAUCAAAAAUUGUGAUCGACACAGUGUCCCGACGUCCUGGCAGUGCUUGUGAAUAUAAGGAGCGAGCGAGAAUAAAGAUAAUUGAAAACAGCAAGUCACCUAGCGAUUCAAGAUGGCAGAAGGCCAGGACUCUCAUAAGAAAAUCACCGUGAAUAUCAAAACGCCGAAAGACAAACACAGCGUGGAGAUCGAAGAGGAUGCGCCAAUCAAGGAUUUUAAGGAAGCAGUGGCCAAGAAAUUUGAUGCCCAACCGGAACAACUGUGCCUCAUUUUCGCCGGGAAGAUCAUGAAGGAUCAUGAGACCCUCGGUACGCAUAAUGUGAAAGACGGUCUGACAGUGCAUCUCGUUAUCAAAUCUCCGCGAGCUGCUGGCAGUCAAUGCAAUCAAGACACAUCAGCCAAUCCGCAGAGAACCCAGGGAUCAUCUGAUAUAGGUGUCAGUCCUUUCGGCCUGGGGAGUCUGGGAGGAAUGGUUGGUUUGGAGAGCCUUGGAAUGGGAUCGGGUAACUUUAUAGAAUUGCAACAGCGAAUGCAGCGUGAGUUGUUGUCAAAUCCAGAUACAAUGAGACAAGUACUUGACAACCCGUUGGUACAAAGCUUGAUGAAUGAUCCAGAAAACAUGCGUGCUUUAGUGACUGCAAACCCACAGAUGCAAGAACUUAUGCAGCGCAAUCCAGAGAUAAGCCAUAUGUUAAAUAACCCAGAACUUUUACGUCAAACGAUGGAGCUGGCUCGAAACCCAUCGAUGCUGCAGGAAUUGAUGCGUUCGCAUGACAGAGCACUCUCCAAUUUAGAAAGUAUACCUGGUGGGUACAGUGCACUACGUCGCAUGUAUAGAGACAUACAGGAACCCAUGCUUGCGGCGGCGGCAAAUGAGAGAAACCCCUUCGCAGCUUUAGUUGAGAAUAAUGGCCCAGACAAUCAACCGAACCCUCAACAGGGCCAAGAGAACAGAGAUCCAUUACCUAAUCCAUGGAAUAGUGAGCAGGGUGAGAACAGUACCACUGCACCACCUACGCCACCUGCAAGUCAAGGGAGGGGACUUUUUGAGUCUCCUGGAAUACAGAGUCUCACGACACAAAUUAUGGAGAACCCGACUCUGAUGCGAAACUUGCUUAAUGCACCAUAUACGCGAUCUAUGUUGGAAGCAAUGGCUGCUGAUCCGGCUAUGGCGAACAGAGUCAUGUCGGCGAACCCCUUCUUUAGGUUGAAUCCGCAAAUGCAGGAGCAGAUGAGAUCCAUGAUGCCGACUUUGAUACAGCAAAUGCAGAAUCCACAGAUGCAGAAUGUCGUUUCCAAUCCGGAUGCUCUCGCAGCUAUCAUGCAAAUUCAACAAGGUAUGGAGCAACUGAGGACAGUCGCCCCUGAGCUCGUUGAGAAUAUGGGUUUGACAGUACCACCGACAAUAGGAACUGCUCCGACCAUUGGAACUACUACAGGAACUACAUCACCAAAUACAACCCCUGCUCAACCAAUUGAUCCAACCCAGCAGCAAAGCUUUUCACAGUUUAUGGCUCGAAUGGUUUCGGCAAUGGCUCUGAAUCAAGGAGUGGAAGUGGAUGGUCAAGUUCCUCCACCAGAGGAACGUUAUAGAGCACAGCUUGAACAACUAACGGCAAUGGGUUUUAGAAACAGAGACGCUAACCUACAAGCUUUAAUUGCGACAUUCGGAGAUGUAAACGCGGCUGUUGAAAGAUUACUGGGCAGUUCACAAGUUUCUAUGAGCUAACCACCAAUUAAUAACUCCGUUAUACCACAGUAAUCAAUAAUUUACUCCCGAUAUACUUCUUGCCUCGGGCGCGGUGGGCAGAUGUUUGAGGUAAUUUUGACUGUAAAAAUUAUAAACUCUCCCCAGGCUCUUGGUAAAAAAACGCUAUUGACUCGUUCACAAUGUAUUUUCUUUUUUAAUUUAAGUGGUACACGCUCGAGUAGGUAUGACGAGAAACGCACGAGUUUCAGUAUCUUGUUAAUAUUUCAUCUAUCUGUAUAUUAAUUGAUGUGCUAUAAAGAAUAUGUAACAAUUGUACCGGGAUUAUAACUUGAUUUCAUCAUUAUUAAUUGUUCAGUUUCGCUAUUAUUGCAAAGCAGUGUUGCAUACAGCAUCGAUCUAAUUAUUAAGGGCAUGAGAGCGUAACCUCAAAAAUGAUUUUUUAAAUAAAAAGCAUUGAGAAAUGUUUUUCUGGUCUUCAAUUUUUACAAUUAUAAAAAAUUGUAUUAACAAAUUUUUUGGCUUUUUUCAUCAUUCUAAAAAUUUAGGACCAGGCAGACUUUUCUUAGUGUUUCUCAUUUAAUUUCCAAAAUUUCCAACUCGGUAUCGUGUUUCAUUUGAACAUAAGUUACGUAUGAAAAAAACUUAAACAUUUUUUUCAGGUUACGCUCACAUGGCCUUAAGAAAACGUUCAAAACAAACAGUUAAACAUGAUCAGUGACUUUCAUAUGCAAUAAGGGGGAUAAGUUCCAUACAGAAAACAUAUAUACAUAGUUUUUUAAGUUUCUUGUCACGAGUUUUCUGAGAAUGACCUAUUUAGUCGCUUCAACUAGUUAAAAAUCAAUUCUUUAUCAGUUUGUGUUUUGCUAAGAGGCGAUUUUCUGUUCAUGGAUUCUUACAAAUUUUCGCUUAAGUUGGGCGCCAAUACAUUGUGAUUGCGAAAUACUUUCUGGAAAGCAAUUCGUGUAAUGCUAGCAAGAUUUUUUUAAUUGGUCGAAGUUAUUUUUACUUAAAAAUACUGUUUAUUGCCUACUACCUGCAUUUUUUUAUGUUCCGAUUUCCAAAGCUUAUGAAAACUUGUAAAAAGUGAAAAACCUUAAUAAAAUUGUUCCGUACAAGUCACGCCGCAUUUUCUCAAAUUACAUAUUUUAUCGUAGAUAUUAUAUUUACUUUUAAACUUGUCUUUAGAAAGUAUGCUUUUGCAGUUAACAAUCCACAAUUAAAAAUGGUUAAAACCUAAUAAUUAUUCAUCGAUCAAUGCCUAGCAUUGACAUACAGAAAUAAUUUUAUUUCAGUUCUAAGUACCAGGCAUCACUUAAUACGAUGUUAUUUAUGUUAUAAAUACUUACAUUUAUGUCCUCAAAAUCGGACGAAAUAUGGUGUUAAUAUAAUUGUUACAUUAAAAUGUUUUAUACACAGAGGCAUAUAUG